CAGAGCGCGAGUACGGCGGUGAAGCGACCAAUCAGAACGCGAGUAUGCCGGUGGAGCGCCCGCGGUAGCGUAUGAGCGCGGCCGCCUAGCGCGUAACCUACGCUCCAUCGGCAUCCUCGCGCUCUGAUUGGUCAACGUUUCCCCUUAAUAUCUCCUCAACGAAAUCGCGGACAACAUUUUCGCUAAGAAAAAAGUUGUUUCAAAUCACCCCCCCAACCUACCCAUUCAAUGACCUCCAACAUUUUUGGGACACCCUGUAUACAGCUUGCGAUUUGACAGCGCGAACACCGAACCGCACCGUACCGUGGUGGGACAAUAAAAAGUCGGUUAAGCUCUCGCAGUAGUGCGCGAGUAUUCGUCGUUAGAUAAACAGUGAUAUUGUCACUCUUAAGUCCGUGCAUUGUCUGCAUUCGAUUUCAGUGCCCUUUUAUUACCAUUGUUUUCUUCGACCGUCAUAAAAGGAAAACAUUACUCAACGCACGUAAAAGAUAAGAGAAACAACGGUCGACAUGGGUGAUAAUAAAACAGAACAUAUUGUCAUGACUCCAAAAUGCAAGACUAUGAAUCCCAUGGUACUGGUAAUAGAAAGACAAGCUAUAGAACCACCAGCAGAAAAUGGAAAUGAUAACAAUGUUUAUAUCGCUGGAGGAGAUCACAAAGGAAUAAUUGUUAACAAACAAACCGUUGCUGUUGCAAACGGCGAAGUUCAUCCGGCGCAUCUUUGCUUGCAAUUCAGAGUAUUUUUAGUGAGUGGUCAAACUGGGAAACACACGCAAGAAUCCAGAACUCUUCAAUUUUGGUUCACAGAUGCUCUUUCAGAGACUGAACGUCCCAGUGUGGCGCAAGAAUUCUUUAGGGAAUUAGUUUGUCCUCAACAAUUUCCACGAGAUUACGUUGGAUUUAUAAUGAAAAUAAUGAAGUUAAUGUUGCACAAGUAUCCCAGCAUUAAAAAGAUAGAAGUAGAAUUGAAACAGCUCGAGGAACCAGUUAAUCUUCCAGCUAGGCCAUCUAAUACUGGUCAUAAACUGUUCACACUUCCUCCAUUAUCCGCAGAUGAAACAGUCAUGGGACAAGUGAUCGAACUGACAUUAGAAAAGGUGUUAGAACUAAUUGAAUCCGCGUAUCCAAAUCCAGUAACGGUUGUUGACUUGGCAAAAGAAUAUGGGUGGGAUCCUUCCGCUGUUGAAAUAAAGUUGAAAGAAUUACAAGAGAAGGGUGUCGUAAAAGCAAUGGAACAUGGAGCAUUCACAAGAGUCGUACACCAAGAUACUCAGAUUCAAGUUGUGAAGCAAAUGCCAACAAUGGCGAGUGCAAAACAACCUACUAUAGCAAUUAUUACAGCGCAGUAUUGUGAAAAGCUUGCAGUAGAUUCCCUGAUCGAAAACAGAGAAACGUUUGUCCGCUAUACUACCGUUGGUACGACAAGCUCAUCAGACGCAACAAAUGGAGUACCGCGCGUGAUAUCCCGUUUUGGAGAAUCAAAUGUUUAUACGUUAGGAAAUAUUGGCGCACACAGAAUUGUAUGCACAAAACUGCCAACUGUAGGUCAUACAAGAGAAGCAAUGACUGCAGCAGGAAAUACAACUACUAGAUUGUUAGGUACAUUUCAAAAAGUAGAUUUCGUUUUUCUAAUUGGAAUUGGAGGAGGUGUACCGCAUUAUACGGAUUACAACAAACAUGUACGACUUGGUGAUGUAGUUGUUUCGUACCCUGCUCCUCUGAACAAGAAAUACAUUUAUGUAUAUUGUGAAAGUGCAAAGGCUAGCGAAAGUGGUGAUUAUCAUUUCGAGACUAAAGAAUAUUGUCCACCAAAUUUAUGUAUUCAAGAAAUUGCUACUAAUCUCAAGGAACAGUCGGAACAUGAGACUAAUCCUCCAUGGCAAGUAUAUCUAAAAGAAGGUUUAGAUAUUCUAAGUAACCAAACGGAGCAUGAUUUUAAACCACCUCCGCCAGAAUCUGAUAAAUUGUACAUGGCUAUUGGCGAAAGAGACGUUAUCGAAGUGGCGCAUCCUACUGCACCUUCGGUCGCAGCAAACAAAAGAACGGAUGGCUGUCCCCGAAUUCACUUAGCACCGGUGGCAUCUGGUAGACAUAUUGCACGCGAUGAUCAGCUUAAGCAGAAAUUUGCAGCUCGUUUUGGAUGUCUCGCCUUCGACGCAGAAAUGGACGCCGUAGUUGAAAGUAUUUUGGGCAAUUGUCGUGAAAGUUUCGCUGUUAUUCGAGGUAUUUCCGAUUACAAAGACGGCUCGCGUAUAAAAGAGUGGCAGCCGUAUGCAUCUUUGGCUGCUGCCAGCGUAAUGAAAUCUAUCAUUUGCGCCAUGGAUCCACCAACUAACGUCUAAUACUUUUCAGAAGCAAUAUAUAGGGUUAAUCGUACAAUGAUUUUCCAUUUCCCAUAUUUCGCAACUUUUCUUUUUGUAUACGGUGGACCAACUAUUUUUAUUAAUGAGAAACAGUGAUAGUCUACAUUGGCGCACUUAAGAAAGUGUAACUUAAUUUCUCUUGUUUUUUAUUUUUAUAUUUAGCAUUGCAUUAAAUGCGAGCUGAAAUAUAAUCCUUUUCUUUCUCGGUCAAGAAGAAAGUAAGAUCGUAAUCAUAGGAUACGAUAGCCAGAAAGUAACGUGCACGAAGUGCAUUUUAUAAUUAAUUAAGAAGAUCGUAGUCGAUACGAUUAAUUUUCUUAGUAUAUAGUAGGAAACAAAACGAAUUCAAUACAAUAUGCUUCCAAAUAAUUUAUACACCGCUCAACAAUUACGUAUCGGACUGAUAAAAAUACUGGUUUAUCUUUUCUUUCUCAAAUUCUUCUCGACACAACUAUUUGAGAACAUUUGAAAAACAUUUUUCACAAUUUGCAUCUUUUUAAAAACGACUUUUAAAUAUUAAUAGUUCGGCAUUUGCAUCGAUUCACGACACUAAUUAAUUUUCUAACGUGUCAUUGUAUCAAUUUGAUAUGAGUUUACGGAUUUUAUAGAUUUAUUUAUAUAUACACUUUAUACUUUUAAUACUAUUUCUAUUAUUCUUUAUUGUAUGAGAGAAAUCGGUACAGUGAUCCUAAGACUGGUGCCAUUUUUCUUUUACGUCGCACAUACGUAAAUUUCAUAAAAUUUUCUUACGUAGGAGAACACUAUAUAAAGUAAGAAAUUAUAAUGUUUGCAAUAGUUAUGUAGUUUAAAUAUUAUUAUAAUAACGAGGCUCUCGAAUAUCAAAUCUUGUCGGACGGGAUCCGAAGUAAAGUAAGUAGGAGAACCAGUGAAAGCUUUAAUUGAAGCCUCGUAGUCAUCAAGGCAAUUUAAAUAUAGAAGUGCAAAGUAAAAUUUGUAUUUAGCGCCACUUUUAUUUUUAUUUUAUUCUAAAUCUAAUUAAAGUCAACUAAAUCUAAUUCAGUCACUAUUUCUGCAAAAUCUUCAAAGUUUUGCACGAUCGAAAUGGUAUAAGUUUAAAAUUUCACAAGUAUAGUUCAGAACACAUCUUUCUUUUACAUUUUUGUUACGUCGAAAGUUUAAUAUUACUUUAAUCUUGCUAAAUACAAUUAAACCUUUGCGGGGCGGUAUACACACCAAAUAUAUUGGAAAAUGUACAAUUAAUUAAUAUUAAUUAAAGUGCCAAUGUGUUCAAUAAAUUUGGUUAACGUAAAGGAGAUGAGAAUUUUUCUAAAAGAUACGUAACCAGGAGAUACUUUUUAAGUCAAUUAAUAAUAUAUAUAUCAUGACUCAGUAGUUUGACUUUAAACUGAAAACUUUGUUCUUUUAACAAUUUGUCAGUUUAAAUGUCAAAUACUGACUACUCUUUUCGUAUCUUCAAUAUCUCAUUCUCAUCUUUUAGAGUAAGGUUCUCAUCGCCUGCAAGAGGAACCAAUACUGAAUUACACUGUCUUUUAAAAAUUCAGAUGUGGAUUGUUCGCAUCUUUGAAAAUCAUUUCGAAAGGUUUCAAUGAUAUUGAAAAAAAAUUUGUUAAUAACAUUAAAUAUAACUUCCUCGCAUUUCAACAAUUUUAUAGAUUCUAAAGCACAGGGUAGCAUACGAAAACUUUAUAUUUAAGUGGCAUUUAAAUAUUGGACUCGAGCAUAAAUCUAAACAAUUAGAAAGAUACGGAUACAGAUAGCAGCAUCAAAACGAGUUUCCAAAAUGUCACCGACUGCAUUCUCAGUGGGACUUAAACAAUAAUUGAAAAUCCUUAUUUAUUUAUUUAUUUAUUUGUUGGUUUUUGAAAACGUUUAUAUUCUAGAAAAAUAUAAGUAAGGCUCUCGAACUGUACAACGCAUAGAAAAGAUUUUCCUUUCUGGUCGAGGAUGUUAUUUAUUUUGUAUUAUUUUAGGAAUACAUUGUUAAAUAUUUAAAAUACAAAAAAAGAAGAAGUAAAUGAUAGAUCUAUAAAAAUAGAAGAACCUCAGAUCAAUAUAAUCGAUGAAAGAAUCACUUGUUGCAUAGAAGCACAGUUUUGAAAUUCUAUAUUGAAUAGAGAGCGAGUUGAAUAUUAUCACAUACACGUUAUAAAGGAUUUUCCAUAAAGGACUUUAAGAUUUUGUUUUUUUAAUAAGACACAAACAAUAUGGAAUAUAUCCAAGUUUCAUAUUUAAAAUGGAAGUGAUGCUAUCACACGCAUUUUGUUAUUGAACAAACAAAAUUUUAGAGCCCAUUUUGGAGAGCACUUUAAUAUAAAUAUACACAAAUACGUAAAUAUAGAUGAACACCUACUUAAGGUAUUUAAUAUAUAAUGUAUAAAUCGUGAAUUUUAUUAUGUCGUGAAACUUUAAAUUCGAUUUACCUCAUGAUAGAUUCCUACUUAAGGCCUAAAUAUUAACUAUGCAACAAACACUUUGUUAUUACGUUUAAGCGAGGCUCUCAAGCUUCGAGCUUCCAACUGCGUAUUUACAUAUACUUGCGUUUGUAUUGCGCAGUUUCAACGCUAGUCGCACUAUUGUGUUUUCCGUCUAUUUAUAUGUAGGAUUUAAUGUUAAGUAACAAAUGCUAUGUGUACAUGUACGUCCAUUUAGUUUCUAUUUAAAAGAAAUUUAUUAGUCUCUGCGAUGAACAUAGAAUCCCAACGAAUCUCGAUUUUAUCUGCUUAACAGUUCAUGAUUGUCACAAGUCAAUAGUUCAAGAAACGAUGCUGACCAUUUUACCCUAUUUAAGAUUUUAAAAUCUACUUAAAAGUGCUUAAAAGCUUUGGAAAAGAGAAUCUUGCUUCAAGCUUGUAAACGAGUAGUCUUCCUGCCAAACAAAGGGAUUCGUUGUUAAUGUCUUGACAUAAGUGCAUGGUACUUGAGCUUAGACAUCGUUUAUUUAGAAUGAAAAAGUGUUCAAUGUGCUUAACACGUUAAGCGCCAAGCUUAUUUUGUUAUUAUUGCACGCUACUAUGUAAUCUCAUUACAAUUUAUAUACUACAAUGUGUAUUUUUAUUGGCUUUUUCAGAAAUGCUUCUUUCUUCAGUCGGUUACCAUUGAUUCAUGUUCUGAUGUAAUUGGAAAAGAUUAUUUUCUGUCCAUUACAUUGAAAAUAUCAACACAAAAUGUGUGUCGAAGUGGGUCAAAUCAAAUUAGUUCUUCUAAAACAAUAUCGUAGAGCGUAUUUUGAGAACAUUUUUAUGAUCUUCAACGCAUUUAAUGUAACAUUUAACUUAAGAAUAUAAUAUUUCAAAUUGUACAUCACUAACAAGAAGUCAAUGGUGACUGAUGCAACGCUUAACGUGUUAACAGUUUCAGAAAUAAGAAUCUUGCUUCAAGCUUGUAAACAAGUAGUCUUCCUGCCAACAAAAAGAUUCGUUGUUAAGAUCUUAAAAUAAGUCCUUGGUAUUUGAGCUUAGACAUCGUCUAUCUAGUAUAGACAAGUGUUCGAUGUGGUUAAUAAUAUGGGUGCUGUCAAAACAUUUCAUAAUUUUAUCUCGAUAUCUUAAUUUGUGAUGUCAUCAGAAUCGAGGCAUAUAUGAAAAUAUGGAAGAUAUGAUAUAAUUCAUGAUACAAUAUAACUUUAUAUAUCCUUCGGAAGGAUAUAAUUUACCCUUGUGAUUUCAUCGAGAUGACAUCUUUACAUCCAAAUAGUUUGAAUUAAUAAGCUAAAAAUUUGUUUUUAAAAAUAAGCGUAACAUAUUCCAAUUUCUAUAAUCAUCCCAUGCAUAUCGCUGUUUAUAAAUAAAAUGAAAUUAAACAAUGUUUAGAAAAGUAAUGCUAGGAUCGAGUGGAAAACCAAAAGUAUAAUAGUAUACUAUUUUGCGAAUGUUUUGGUUGCACCCAUGACUAAAUAGUAAGGUUUUAUUAGGGUUGUAAUUACUGUGGGAGAAAAGGAAACAGUAAUGUAUUUAAGUGUGAGUUAACGCUGGAAGAGAAACUGUGAUAAUAUCUAGGUUUUUCUGAGCGAGAUAAAGGAAUAUAUGUGUUAGUUUAUGGAAAUACUGUUUGAUAAAAGCAUGGCGACUGUUGCAAUGCGUUUCCACUGGCAGGAUAAGCAAUGUAGAUUUUUGUCGUCAUGUGAUCUGUCAUAAUACGUUCAAGUCUACGUGGAAGGCACCACACACCCGAUAUGCACAUUGAUCUAUUCUAACAAUACGGAGGGCCAUAUAGUAUAAAUAAUCUAAACAUUCUUUAGAAUUUCAUUUCCUUAUGACAUAGAUUGUUAAGGAAGUAUGUAUAACGAAAGUGAAUAUAAAUGAGUUCUGGAAUCAAAAAACUA